AUGCCGGCGCGGCGCGGCCUGCCGGGCCGCCGCCCGCGCCGGGCCCCGGUGCGCCCCGCCGCGUCCCGCGGGGGGCGGGCGGAGGCCGCCUGGCGCGAGUUCGCCGCCUCCUUCGUCCGCGCCGGCAUGGUGCCGCCGGCCGAGGCGGGCCUCACGGCGGUGGAGGCGGCCGAAGGCGCCGCCGUGCUGCUCCUGGCGCCGCAGCAGGCGCUGACCUUCACCGGGAAGUGCCGCCUCACCUGCCUCUACGGCGCCGUGCGCGUCCUGGGCUUCGCCAUCGCCUCGCACCAGCCGGGCCAGCAGCUCUUCUCGCCGCCCACGCACUGCGCCCUCGCGCUGGAGGCGCUGCCCGCCGCCGCCCAGCCCGCCGCCGACCUCCGCCAGCUGCGCGCCGCCGCCCGCGCCGCCAUGCGGGCGCACCGCGUCCGCCGCCAGGCGCGGGUGAAGGUGAUGGCGCGGUUCUCGCCGCAGUGCGCCGUGGUGCUGCUGGAGCACCUGGACACGCCGGUGACCCGCUUCCUGCUGAGCCACCCGCCGCUCUCCCGCCUCUUCGAGCCCCAGAAAAAGGAAGAGCCGAACUUCACGCCCGAAGAUGCGGUUCUGGCGUCCGUUGGGAUCGUGAAAUGUAGCCCUGAGCGAGGCCUGUUGGUGUCGGAGAGCAUGUUCUUGGCCCUGGAGGAGCUGAUCCAAGCGUGCUGUGCGGAAGAUGAAGGUGUCCCUGUGAUUAUGGUGUGUGGUCCAAAAAAUGUUGGAAAGUCAACAUUUAACAGAUACCUAAUUAACCUGCUACUGAAUCACCUUCCCUCUGUUGAGUAUCUGGAAUGUGAUAUAGGUCAAACGGAAUUUACACCGCCUGGGUGUGUGUCUUUAACUAAUGUAACAGAGCCAUUUCUUGGUCCCCCGUUCACUCAUCAGCGAAUGCCACGUAAGAUGGUGUAUUAUGGACAGCCCAGUUGUGAGCAGGACUCUGAGAGAUAUGUUGAUGUAGUGAAGUAUGUGUUUAACUCCUACAAGAAGGAGGUGCCUUUAGUCAUCAACACCAUGGGCUGGGUGAAAGGCGAGGGGUUGCUGCUUCUGACUGAUAUCAUUCGGCUGCUGUCACCCAGUCACAUUGUUCAGAUGGAUGUGUAUGACUGGAAGGCUAUGGCUCCGCUGACUCCAGAGUAUGUUCAUCUUGCUCCUGGCCUAUAUACUAAAGGCAAACAGCAACCCAAGUGCAAGCAGAUGAAUGCAAGCAGAGCAGAGAACUGGAAGCCCUCUGAAGGGGAGAGAGACACCUUGGCUCCUGAAUACAAAUUGCUGUAUAUUCAUCCAGAAUUCCCUCGAGCAGGAGUUGCAGGUGAAGCCCGGGUACAUAGUGGUAUCUUACGUGACAUGGCGAUACUGGGUUACCUUGGUCAGCUGCAACCCCCAGACGUAGGAUCAGUACUUCCUCUGCAGAGUCUUGUGCCAUAUCAGGUACCUUUUAAUGCUGUUGCACUCAGGGUUAUUCACACUGAUGUUGCUCCUACCAACAUCAUGUAUGCUAUGAAUGCCAGCUGGGUUGGGCUUUGCAGGAUACCAGAUGAAGUCAGAUCCCAAACUGACGGACCAGUCUUGUUGACACAGACACCAGUCUGCGAUUGCCUUGGCUUUGGAAUUGUCAGAGGGGUUGAUAUGGAGAAGAAGCUUUAUCAUAUUCUGACACCAGUACCUCCUGAGAACCUAAGACUAGUGAACUGUCUGCUUCUUGGAAAUAUCGCUGUUCCAAAUUGUAUUCUUGUGAGCCAGCAAGGAAUUGAAGGAGAGAUACCUUACGUCACCUCAGAAUAUAAUUACAGCAUCUUAGGAUCUGGGAAGCUGAAAAAGAAGAAGCAUUUCAAGAGAAGGGAGUUCAUGUUCCCAUGUGAUUUCACUUAAAAGACUUUGAGAGCUUGAAAUACAGGAUUUGUUGUAUACGGAGCCUUGUGAGAGCUAGGUGUAUUCACAGAAGCCCCAGAUACUGUAGAGCUCUGCGUGACCCUGAACAAGUGUCCAGUGUGGAUAUUACAACAUGUCCAUUUUUAUUGUUCUUUUAUAUUUGCAAUAUGUAUUUUGGUGUUUUGUAAUAAAUAUCUAUUAAAAAUG